UGAUUAUUGACAUAUCUGGCAUGGCGUCGUAUCCACUGUAGUUAGCCUGUUAUUGUACACGAGUAUUAAUUUCCAUAAUCAUCGAGAAGUAACAGGUGUUUUGAACGCAUCUGCGUGCAAUGUUGGGGAGCUGCGGAAUACAACCAGUUACGCUGGUCUUCAACAACUCAAAAAACUGCUUUCUUCACCUGCCAUCUAAACUAGUCACUCAACUGUCUUUACAAGAGUCCCAGGCCCUGGAGCUCUCCUGGGGAUCUGCAGCUCCUGUGUUCCUCAGCUGGAUAAGAAGCCACACAUCAUUGCAAGAGAACAGGGUGGAGCUGAGUAGACAGUUAGGGGAGAAGCUUGGACUUCAGGAGGGAGAACAGGGCUUCCUCCGGCCAUGUGGUCAGGUGCAGUCUGUGCAGCAGGUGUUUGUAGAGCCUCUGUCUUCAGAUGACUGGGAGAUCCUGGAGCUUCACAGCACAGCUCUGGAGCAGCAGCUUUUAGACCAAAUUCGAGUUGUCUUCAGCAAUGGGGUGUUCCCUGUGUGGGUGGACCAUCACACCAUCAUCUACAUUAAGAUAGUCUCCCUAUCUCCCUCUGUCUCGUAUGGCCGGCUGGAGCAAUUCACUGAGCUGAUCGUCUCUCCGAAACUUCGAUGUGGAGACAGGCAACUCUCCCCAGUGGCUUCAGAUCCAAAGAGCCAGGUCCUGCAGAGGCAGCAGAACUUUGACCUCACAUCCUCUUCCACCACCUCCUCCCUUGAAACCGAUGCUGUUCAUGAUCCAUUCAUUGAUCAGCUAGAAUUCAGUCAGAGCCACUAUGGUGGUCACUGGGGUGGAAUAGCUGACCUGAGGAGUCUGGUGAGAUAUGUGUUCACAGGGAAAUUUGAGCCAGUAAAGAAGAUUCCUGAAGUCCCUGCUAUCCCUGUAGUCUUCCCAGAUUGUGUACUUAGAGUGAGCAGAUCCCCACCAGGUGCAAUCAGACAUCUUGACUCAAGUCACAGAGAUGUUCACCUGUUACCAUGGGACUACCUACAAUACGAGUACUGGAGUACACGACAGCCAGUCUUAACUUAUGCUAGGCUGUCUAAGAUACAUUCUCCUAAAGAAGCAAGGGAGCAAGCUAAACAAAUGAUGGAGAAGAAAAAGAGCGGAAAUGCCCCUCAGACAGAAAAUGAUGUACAAGAACACAUGGAAGAAUCUGUGGUGGUCAGGAUGCUGUGCCAUAAUGUGGAGAAGCUGCAAGCAGAUCAGAAAUCCUCCACAAUGGGAGAGAUUUACUGUGGGAGGGUGUGGAUCCCAAGCAUUUUACGAAGCAGGCUGAAUAUAGACCCACACUCUGCUGUGAAAGUUUGUCCCAUAAAGUGCAUUCCUGAAGUAGCACUUGCUGUCUCUCUUCAGCCAUUACAGCCCUUAGCUGAGAGUGAGAGAGAGGAGGAUGUUCAGUCUGCGUUUCUAGGCUGGCUGCACGCACUGAGCCACCAGCCUUUAGCUUGUCUGACAGGUCGGACCAACAUCAUCCUCCUACGUUGCACUGAAGGAAAGUAUGAGUUUGUCUUGACUGUGCAGAAACCUGAGCCUGAGCCUGAAACCCCAAAACAAGUGGAUCAGAUCUUUUUUUUAUCCACCAGUGUACUAUGCAAACCAGACAUACAGGUUGUCAAGGAACAUCAUACUUCAAACCACACAAGCUCAGUACAAACUGCAGAUGAGUCACCCUGUGUUGGCUUUCCUUCCCUCAGCUCUCUUGGUGGAGUGGAUGACAUCAGUGCAUCUGCUUUUGAGCACAUCUUCCACAGUCUGAUGGGGGGUCCUCUCUCCUGGGAGCUGGUGUCCGCUGGCUGCGGUCUCCGGAGUGGAGCUCUGCUCGUUACAGGAGCCAAGGGCAGUGGAAAGUCUGCACUAUCCAGGGCCCUCUGCAGAAAGGCAGCAGAAGAGCUGGACGCUCAUGUUGAGGUGGUGGACUGCAAGAAGCUUAAAGGCAAGAGAGCAGACACAGUGAGACAGAGGUUGGAGGAGGUUUUUGAGCAGGCCGUGUGGAGGCAGCCUUCAGUGGUGCUGCUGGAUGACCUGGAUCACAUGGCUGGGGCAGCCACCUCGCCUGAACAGGAGCAGGGCACAGAAGCUGUGCUGCGUCAGCACAUCGCACAGAGCCUGAUGGAUUUGGUAGAUGAAAUAGUGGUGCGCUCCAGUCUCGUAGCUCUGCUGGUCACUGCGCACACUGAGCACUCUCUUCACCCAAUGUUGACCCAAGUACAGGGAACACACUUCUUCCAGAGCUUCUGCAAGAUCCAGACACCAGACCAGACCAAGAGAGUGGACAUCCUGAGAUCCCUGAUGGACAGUAAGAAUGUCAUAUCUGAAGACAGUUUCAUGAAUCUUGAUCUGGACACCAUUGCCAUGAAAACCGAGGGCUACCUUCCUCGAGACCUGAACCUUCUACUGGACAGAGCCAUUCAUGCCAGCAUUGCGCAUAACAGAGGCAGUGGCACCGUUCAAGGUUUGUGUUUGAGCAGUAAAGACUUCCAGCAGGCCCUGCAGGGUUUCACACCUCCCUCCCUGUGGGGGGUGCAGUUGCAGACGCCCAGCGGGAUGGGCAUGGAGCGGAUAGGGGGUCUUCACCAGGCACGCCAGCUCCUGAUAGACACUAUCCUGCUGCCUGCCAAGUACCCUGUGCUCUUCUCCAGUCUGCCCAUUCGCCAGCGCUCAGGGGUUCUGCUUUAUGGAGCUCCUGGCACAGGCAAGACUCUGCUGGCUGGAGCUGUGGCCAAAGAUAGCGGGAUGAAUUUCAUCAGCAUCAAGGGUCCAGAACUCCUCAGCAAGUACAUUGGUGCCAGCGAACAAGCUGUGAGGAACGUGUUUCAGAGAGCACAAGCAGCUAAGCCGUGUAUCCUGUUUUUUGAUGAGUUUGACUCGCUGGCUCCUCGCAGAGGUCAUGACAGCACAGGAGUCACUGACCGGGUGGUUAACCAACUGCUCACACAGCUGGAUGGGGUAGAGGGACUGCAGGGAGUAUAUGUGCUGGCAGCCACCAGUCGUCCUGACCUGAUCGACCCUGCCCUGCUGAGACCUGGGCGGCUGGACAAGUCUAUCUACUGCCCACCUCCUGACCGGGAAUCACGGGUGGAGAUUCUUAAGGCCCUGACUCAUUCAGUGCCGCUGGCUACAGAUGUGGACCUGGAGCAGAUUGCUGUGGCCACUGAGCUGUUCACGGGAGCUGACCUCAAAGCUCUGCUCUACAAUGCCCAGCUGGAGGCCAUUCACAGCAGCCUGGGGCCUAGUCUAUUGCCUGAUCUGGGCUCAGGAUCGGACAGUGAUGUGAGUCUGUCCUCGUUGAUCUUCCUGAACCACAGCAGUGGCUCUGAUGACUCUGCAGGGGAAGGCGAGGCUGGGCUGGAAUCCUCUGCAGCAGUGCUGCUGGAUCACAGUGAGCUGGCCCCUGAUGAUCCCCGCCACAACAUCUGGCGCCUCUACUUCGGCAGCUCCUUUGAAUUAGAGCUGGGCAACCAGUCCCCGUCUGAGCUGAAUUCACAGUGUCUGUCUGUUCAAAACUCUACCACUCAUGAUCUGACGGGCGCAUCAGUGAGGGACACAGGCUGUCUUCAUGGCCCGGUCGUCAUGACCUCUCUGCAGGAGGGCUUUCAGGAACAGAGCCAUGAACAGGCUGAACGCCUCAGAGCUGAUCUCAACACAAUCAAAAGCAACUACCGCAGGAGCCCUGAGGACUCCUCGUCGGUGAGCACAGGCCCCAGUAAACCAGGCCUGCUGAUAUGUCAAACUCAUCUGGCCUCAGCACUGGCCAGCACCAGAGCCUCCAUCAGCAGACAGGACUGGAGGAGGUACACUGAACUCUAUGAAUCCAUUGGAGCCUCAAGGGAGGGCAAACCGCAGAAUACAGGCCUGUUUACACCAGGGCAGCGAGUAACCCUGGCCUAAUGAGGACUAUAACCACGCCUAGUCUGUAUACUGAGGCCUGUUUCACACAUACUACUUCUGCUCAGGACAUCUUGCUUUGUAUUUCAGUGCUCAUGUUAAGAGGUUAGAGCAUUCGCACAGCACUAUAUCACAGUUGCAGGACCAAAGCAGCACUGCAUGUAGAGACAGAGGUUUUCAAAUCCUGACCUUGAAUUCAGUUUCCAGUAACUGGAAGGUGAGACACAAAGUGGCCAAUCAGUUACAUCAGCAGUUCAAUUAACCACCAGUGAACACAAAAUACAGGACUGGUAACUGGACUGUAAAAGACUCUAUGUAGAGAAUAGGUAUUGAGCCUAUUUUGUCCUCAAAAUACAGUAAAAUACAUGAUGAACGAAUGAAAAUUGAACAAAAAUCAAAACAUGAAUUCUGUCAUUUUAUGGCAAAAUGGGUGCCUGUAGAGCUUGGUUAAUCACAGGUACAUAAACGUUAAUGUGUUGAUGGUCAGUGCCUGCCCGCUGCAGAGGUCAUGCUGACACGUCGCUCAUAUCACGCAGAGGUAUUAUGUAUGUAACAGGCCUCAGUGCUCAAUAAAGAAAAGCAGUAAUGGUGUAAGUAGUGGAUGUGAAACUUGAAUUCUUUAUGAAAGUCAUGAAGUCUUAUAUUUAGGGCUAUUUGCUGUUCUCCUUUGCCUUAAUGAAUCAGAAGUAUUAGCCUAAGCUUUAAUCAUCGUGUUAAAUGACAUGUUUGAUGAUGAUAAAUGUACAUUUAUCAUCAUCAAUCUAAAUGUACAUUUAGAUUGUAAAUUAUGUACAUUACUCAGCCUUUCUUAAGGUUAGACAGUUUAAUAAUUAAUUCAUUUAAUAUUCUAAUUAAAAUUUUAGUAAUUGUAAUAUAUUUAGGAAAUGCUUUGGGAACAUUUGCACUCUACACACUGUAAAUGCAGAAGUAAAUGUGUAAUUAAACAACGAGUAUGUAUAUAUGUGAAUCACUAACUUAAUUAAAAUAAUAUUAAUUUACUAUU